AUGUAUAUGCCAUACUCUGUUCAAGGCCCGAAACUCCUCCUUGUUGACGACGGCUUCAAAGCGAUGAGUCUUCCUUCACAGCAUCUAACCGUCAUUUUUAAUACGUUUGUACUGAUGACACUGUUCAACGAGAUCAAUUCCCGCAAAAUUCACGAUCAACGUAAUGUUUUUAGCGGUAUUAUCAGUAACUGGAUCUUCAUUGUCAUCUGGCUGGGCACUUUUGCCCUUCAAAUAGCCAUAAUCCAAUUCGGUUCAUAUGCCUUUCACACUCAGCCUCUUGAACUCGAUCACUGGCUAUGGUGCCUCUUCUUCGGCGUUGGCGAGCUAGUUUGGGGCCAAGUGAGUUCGGUCAGACUUCUGCUUGAAGGACUGUAUUUUUAUUCGCUUGAUUUUCGGUCUGACCUUUACGAUUAA